AUGAACAGUGGAGGUAUUGCAACAGCUUUGUCCGCAACAGCAUUUCCGAUUGUGGAGUCAAGAGUUGAAUCAAACGUGAUGACAUGCGGCGAUGAAAGAAUGAGUGAACGGUGGAAAGAACGGCGUGCGCGAUUUCUUGGCUGCAUUGAAAACACAAAACUGAUUGCGGAACGAACAAAAAAGCGUCAGCAAAAUGCCCGACGAGAACGGCUGGUCAAGGAGAGAGCCGAAAUGGAGAAAUAUCGACGAAGGUUAUCCACUUUUUUAAUUGCUUUUUUUUUCUGGCGCUAA